UAUAGCUUCACCACCAUACCACAACCCAAACAGCUUACACCAUCAUGUCUAAAUCCUCUCAAGCUUUCCCAUUCCUCCUCUUCCUUUUUCUCCUUAGAUCCUCCGAUGCCUCACCACGUGGCGGUGUCGCCAUCUACUGGGGCCAAAACGGUAACGAGGGAACCCUGUCAGAGGCGUGCGCCACCGGGAAAUAUGCCUAUGUUAAUGUAGCUUUUCUCAUCCAGUUCGGCAACGGUCAAACCCAACAGAUGAAUCUCGCAGGCCAUUGUAACCCCGCAAUCGCCGGUUCAUGCGUCAAGUUUAGCUCCGAGAUCAAAGACUGUCAAGCAAAAGGAAUCAAAGUGUUGCUCUCCAUCGGCGGCGGCGUCGGGAGCUACUCUCUUUCCUCCGUCGAGGAUGCCAGAAACGUUUCCAAGUACCUGUGGGACACUUUCUUGGGAGGCAAGUCAUCGUCGAGGCCUCUAGGCGACGCCGUUUUAGACGGAAUAGACUUCGACAUUGAGCUUGGCUCGACGCAGUACUAUGAUCAUCUUGCUCGUUUCCUGAAGAACUACGGCGUGGCCAGAGGAAAGAGGGUAUACAUAAGUGGGGCCCCACAGUGCCCUUUCCCUGAUAGAUUUCUGGGCACUGCCCUCAGCACAGGGCUUUUUGACUUUGUUUGGGUUCAGUUCUAUAAUAAUCGUCCGUGUCAGUAUGCUAAUGGGAACAUCACGAACCUUGUGAAUUCGUGGAACACAUGGACACGUUCGGUGCCAGCGCCGCAGAUAUUUUUGGGGUUGCCGGCAGCUCCGGCGGCAGCCGGAAGUGGGUAUAUUCCGGCUGAUGUGUUGACAUCGGAAAUCCUGCCGGUGAUCAAGAAGUCACCGAAGUACGGAGGAGUGAUGUUGUGGUCAAGGUUUCAUGAUAAGCAGAGUGGAUACUCUGAUUCAAUUAUUGGUAGCGUGUGAAGAGAUGUUGUAAGAAAAACUGAAUGUUUCGCAUCAAGUUGUUUGUUAUUAUAAAAUUGGCUGUGCGUAAUUUCUAUUUACCUCAUUAAUAAAGGAAAGCAAAAAUCAUUUUUUAUUA